GGAUUAUUAAUAAUAAUGGAUGACAGUUGGGCUAGUUACUCACAAGGCGGGCAUUCCUCCUGUGUGUGGACGAUUAGUUGUGUGCGUUUUUGUUUAUUUACUCUAACACCUUCCUUCUCUCCUUGCAGACGGCUUGGCGUAGAGUUGGGAAAGUCAGUUGUUUACCAAGAGUCCAACAGAGAAACCAGGGUGGAUGUAAAAGAGUCUGUUCGUGGUCAAGACAUCUUUAUCAUUCAGACCAUUCCAAGAGACGUGAACACGGCCAUCAUGGAGCUGCUGGUCAUGGCCUACGCCCUCAAGACUAACUGUGCCAAGAACAUCAUUGGGGUCAUCCCCUACUUCCCUUACAGCAAGCAGUGCAAGAUGAGGAAGAGGGGAUCCAUUGUCUGCAAGCUGCUGGCCUCCAUGCUCGCUAAAGCUGGGCUAACUCACAUCAUCACCAUGGACCUACACCAGAAGGAGAUCCAGGGCUUCUUCAGUUUCCCCGUUGAUAACCUGCGUGCCUCCCCCUUCCUGCUACAGUACAUCCAGGAGGAGAUUCCAGACUACAGAAAUGCCAUUAUCGUUGCAAAGUCCCCUUCGGCGGCCAAGAGAGCUCAGUCCUAUGCUGAGAGGCUGCGGCUGGGCCUGGCGGUGAUGCAUGGGGAGGCCCAGUGUUCAGAGUCUGACAUGGCCGACGGCAGACACUCUCCCCCUCCACUUUCUUCAGGACGCACCACCUCUGGCCACCCUGGUCUGGAGCUGCCAUUAAUGAUGGCCAAGGAGAAACCACCUAUAACUGUAGUGGGAGAUGUGGGAGGCCGCAUCGCUAUCAUUGUUGAUGACAUCAUAGACGACGUGGAGGACUUUGUGGCGGCCGCUGAGAUUCUGAAAGAGAGAGGGGCCUAUAAGAUCUACAUUAUGGCGACACACGGCCUGCUCUCAGCAGAGGCCCCACGGCUCAUAGAGGAGUCCGCCAUCGAUGAGGUGGUGGUAACCAAUACAGUCCCUCAUGAGGUACAGAAGCUCCAGUGUCCCAAGAUCAAGACAGUGGACGUCAGUAUGAUCCUGGCCGAGGCCAUCCGACGCAUCCACAACGGAGAGUCCAUGGCUUACCUGUUCCGUAACAUCACAGUAGAUGACUGAGCUACACGCACAAAUACAGUGUACACACACAAUGAGACCAAGAAUGUUCAACUCUGUUACAUAGGCACUUGUUUCUUUUCAUUCUAGUUAACUUCCUAUGUUUAUAUUUUUUUCUUGCAUUCUUAAUGUCUCUUAAUGUCUACUGUUCAUGCAUACCACUAGUCCUUUACUGUACUCUGCUACACUAUGUACAUGGUAAAUACACAUCACCCAUAUAGACUCUCAGAAAGCACGAACAGCACCGAUAUAUCUUGGAUUAAUUUAAUCCUACAGUGUGUGUAUUGUAUGCAAUUUUUCAGUGUUCACUGCAGCAUAGCAUUUGGUUAAUAAAGCCUUUUGGAUGGA